AUGGGCGCUUCGAAAUCUACGAGCUGGGCUUCGCUCGCUUCGCUCCACGCUACGAUUCGGCGGUUGAAAGAGCAGAACGAGAUCAAGUCGGGCAAAAGGUUCUUGGGCAAGACCAAAAAGAGGUUUCACGAGAUCUGUGGUACGGUCAACGAUCAUCUGACAAUACUGAAGAUACUGCCUCAGGGCGAGUACUACACUGCACCUAUAUGCGGAGCUGUGGAGCUCAUCGUGAAGGCUUCAUCUAACCGCGAAAUCGUUAGCGAAGAGUUCGGCGCCGCCCUGAAGGAGAUAGACGACACCUUCUUCUCCGUGCGGAAGGAGCUCACGCUAUCCCAAGACGUAGCCUUCCUGGGCUGAACCAUCGAACUAUGCUGUAAGACUAUCGACUCCCUGGGAUUUCCCUUGCGCUGGUAUACCCAGAACCACUGGAAGA